AUGAAGCGCAAAGCAGCGACUGAGCAUGGGCCGCAGGCAAAGCAGCCUGCCAAGCUCGAUGCGCAACCGGUAGCAUCAACGUCGAGCAUGCGGAUGGACGAGACCGAUUUUCCCAGAGGAGGAGGCACUUCGUUGACACAAAUGGAAGUCAAGACGGCAAAGCGUGAGGCAAUCGCAGAGCUUGACAGAGACGAAGAACUCUUUGCACGCGACAGCAAAGCCAAGCGCAGUACAGAUGGCACAGACGAGGGGAAACAUAAAAAAAGGCGUCGAAAGGAAAAGGAUGCUGCAAAAGCUGUGAAGCCAGACGUGGCAAAGCAGGACACCAUCCGGGUCGAGCAUCUCAAUUACAAGAGAUGUACGCCAGGCACAAAGUUGCUCUGCCUUGUCGUGUCAGUUCACGCGCUCGAACUGAUCGUCAGCUUGCCCAACGAGCUCUCUGGCCAUAUACCGCUCGUCAACAUCUCCUCAGGUCUUACCGCUCAGCUUGCGAGUGGUCAUCCAGACGACGAGAGCGAGUCAACCGACGAGCAAGAUGAAGAUGACUCGCCUGAUCUUACCCAGAUGUAUGAGCCUGGCCAAUACCUCAUCGCAUCUGUCGUUGCUUGUAGAUCAUCCGACGUCGCUCGCAACACGCUUGAUCCUUCCCGACGAGGCGACGAAGCCUACAGGACAAGCAGACGGCUCGAACUCUCACUUGAUCCGAAGCCCAUCAACGACGAUCUCGCCAGGUCUGAUCUGACAGACGGCCUGCUUCUGCCUGUUUCUGUCAAGAGCGUAGAGGACAAUGGAUAUGUGCUCGAUCUCCGUCUGAAGGACGAGAUGACAUCGUUCGUCAAGUUCGAGGAAGCCCAGACCAGCCGCAAGCUCAUCGGAGGUCAAGUCAUAACAGCGCGUCUGAUCAAGCUCGCAUCCAAUGGUCGAACGUGCACGCUCGCCAUUGAUGCGACGCGCAUUCGAGCGGCAGCCCUCGCGACUGCGCCUACCUUGCACGGACUCUUGCCAGGCAAUCAAGUCAACGCUAUUGUGUCUGCUGUCAUUCCCGGCAGAGGUCUCAACGUCAAGUUCCUGGGCUUCUUUGACGGCACCAUAGACCAUACCCAUCUCGUGAUCGGUAAGGAGUACAAAGAGGGCAACAAGAUCAAAGCCCGCUUGCUCUGGUCUUCAGCGCCCACACUUGACGCUGCUCGCACAUUUGCACUCUCCGCAUUGCCGCACGUGCUCAAACUUGCGCCACCUCUGCUAGGAGAUACUCUGUUGAAGGAAGCAGUACCUAUCGGAACGUUCGUCGAUUCUGUCAAAGUCAACAGGACGGAAUCUGAGCACGGCUUGGCUUGUACUGCCCGGCUGGGGGCAAACGAGUGUGCUGCUUUCGUCCAUAUCUCGCGCGUCUCCGAUGAGCAUCUAGGCACGCUUUCGGCGAAGUCAGGUCCGUAUUGUCCUGGCACGACGCAUCGCGGACGAGUCAUCGGUCUGGCUCUGCUCGAUGGUGCACUGCAGAUCAGCCUGCAGCCUAGUGUCCUGGCUCAGCGCUUCUUACGCGUAUCCGACGUCGUCGUCGGCGAAGCCGUCAAAGCGACAAUCAAACGGAUCACAUCCAAGGCUAUGUUCGUCAGCGUCGAUGGCAACGUCGACGCGGUCGUCUGGCCUCUGCACUACUCUGACAUAAAGCUCAAGCAUCCGGAGAAGCGCUUCAAGAUCGGCGACGUCGUCAAAGGCCGUAUCUUCGCAGCUGACAGCGAAUCCAGCAAGAUUGUCGUCACCCUCAAGAAAUCGCUUCUCGCUUCUGAUCUGCCGGUCCCACAGAGCCUCGCUGACGUCAAGCCGCAGCAGGCAUACGAUGCAGUCCUGAGCAAGAUAAUGGAGAAGGCUCUCCUCGUCGAUCUCUUCGGCGGCGCGAGAGCAAUCAUUCCCAUCUCUGAAGCCGGGCAAGGCUUUGUUGAUAACCUUGCGGCGCUCUACAAGGAGGGUCAGAGGCUACAGGUGCGCAUCAUGCAUGUCGACACGAGCGCAGGCCGGAUCACUGCAUCUCUGAGAGAACGCGAUCUGGACGGCGUCGCAGCUCUAGAGGGCCUCAAGGUGGGACAGAAGACAGAGGCAGUCAUCGCCGCGCUACACAAUGACAAUAUCGUUCUCGAGAUCGCUCCCAGCAAAGCAAGAGGCUUGCUGUCCUAUACGGCGCACGCACGCCAGCUCGGCGUUGCGACAGACGAGCUGAAGCAACGAAUCGCCGUCGGUCAACUUCUCAAGGAUUUGACUGUCGUCUCCAAGAACACUCAGAAAGGCAUUGCCAUCCUCAGCAGUGGAUCUACCUCCACAAAUUCGUCAGCCAACGGCAUCAGCGAUAUGCUGCAGUUCGAGAGCGUUGCAGUCGGCGAAACCUACGCUGGUAAGAUUAUCGGAAGUGCUCCCCAGGGUUUGCAUGUACAGCUCAGUCGAGCAUUACGAGCCCUCGCACACUGGACCGACGUGCUUGAUGACUUUGAUGCUGCUUUGCCUGCGCCAGGCACGGUCGUCAGCUGUAACAUUGUAGGCAAAGACGAAGCAGCCCGCAGGGUUGACGUCAGUCUUCGCCCCUCAGUAAUGGCUGACAAUGCCGAAGGAAGCAUUUUAGAUCCGGAAAUCAUCUCCAUAGACGAGCUCAGGAUCGGUCAGAAGAUCCGAGGUUUCGUCGUCAACGUUGCCGAUUCUGGCCUGUUCGUCUCUGUCGGUCGCAGUCUGACUGCCCGCGUGCAAAUACGCGAGCUCUUCGAUGAAUAUGUGAGAGAGUGGAAGCCUCGAUUCAGUGUCGGUCAGCUCGUAUCUGGCUCGAUACUGAAGCUUGAUCCGGAACGCAACCAGAUUGAGCUGUCACUGCGGAGCGAGCGAACAGCUGCGAAAUCCGAUGCAAACGCCCUUGCUAGCUAUCAGGUAGGACAAAUCGCCUCGUGCGUCAUCAAGACAAUCGAGCGAUACGGUGCCUUCCUGCGGAUCACAGACACGCUUGUCAGCGGCUUGUGUCACAGAUCCCAGUUCCCAGAGCAGGGCGCUGGCUGGAGCAAAGGCUUCAAAAUCGGGCAAAGCGUACAAGCUCGCAUCGUUGAAGUCGACACAAAGUCUAAGAAGAUUGGCUUCACUCUCCUGGACGUUGCUCAGGAAGAUCCAGAUAUCAGCGCGAUCCUGCCAAGUGCGGUUGGUGAGGCUGACGAAUCUGAUGAUGAAGACCUUGUUGUCGAUCUUGGUGAUCCCGCACCUACCGCAGAACAUAUUGGUCCAAACAAUGGUCACGAGGCGGUUAUCAGCGACAUCAGCAGCAAACCGCUCGCACUCAUUGGUGGCUUCGAAUGGAGCACAACCCAGUCAGCGCCAACUCCGGCGCUCGAAGUCGAUAGCGAUGAAGCGGAGAGUACCGUCGCCGAUGACGCCAGCGAAGAGGAGACAGGCAGCGCGUCAGACGGAGACCGAAAUGUGACUUCUCUCGAACGCGAAUUGAUCGGAUCACCAGAUUCUUCGAUACUUUGGAUCCAGUACAUUUCAUUGCUGCUCGAGGCCAGGGAUAUCACGCAAGCUCGCGAGGUGGCACAACGAGCUCUUUCAACUAUCAACUAUCGCGAAGACGAGGAACGGUUCAAUGUCUGGAACGCGAUACUGAGCAUGGAGAACCAGUACGGCACGCCAGAGACGCUGGAGACGGCUUUCAAGGAAGCAGUACAAGCCAACGAGGCAAAGAGAAUUCACCUCCGGCUUGCAGAGAUUCUCACAGCUUCCAACAAGCAUGCACAAGCUGAGGAGCUUUACCAGCGCACUGUCAAAAAAUUCAGUCAGAGCUCCAAAGUGUGGACGAUCUUCGCUACGUACCUACAUGAGCGACGCAAGUCAAGUGACGCUCGUGAGCUCGUUGCGCGAAGCAUGAAGAGUCUGCCUCAGCGCAAGCACGUCAAGACGGCUGCCAAAUUUGCGCAAGUCGAGUUCAAGCACGGCGACGCAGAAAGAGGUCGAACAAUGUUUGAGGGCAUCAUCGACAGCUAUCCCAAACGGCUGGAUCUUUGGCUCGUCUACAUAGAUAUGGAAGCACGCUCACAAAACAUGGCUGCUGUUCGCUUUCUCUUUGAUCGCCUGCUUGCUCAGAAGCUGUCUACCAAGAAAGCAAAGAGUGUCCUCAAGAAGUGGCUGUCCCUCGAAAAGCUGCAUGGUGACGAUGCGUCAGUAGAGACAGUCAAGGAACGAGCGCGAGAGGUGGCUGCAAAGUUGGUACGAGCAGAAUAG